AUGAACCAGAAAUCUGGAGCUGAAGAUAAUUUUCCAUUCGGCAUAUUGGCAAUGGUUGUUGUGGGUGUUGCAAUUGGAAUCGUUGUUGGUGGUAUGUUCCUCUGCAUGGUUGUUGCCUGUACAAAAACGUGUUCCUCCAACAACAGCCAACACGCCGCAGCAGAGUACCAGAGCAUCCUGGUCAACAACAACAUCAGCAGAAUCAACAGCAACAACAAUAACAUCAUCAGCAACAACAUCAUCAACAACAGCACCAACUGCUCUAACAUUACAAACUCAACAACAAAUAGUUGUAAAUUCACAGAAAUAAUCGGACCUAAAAACGCUAACUUAGGAGCAAGGUGGCCCGCAUCGAACACUGAGAAGAUCGCCAUAAAUUCAAACGAUCAAUCUGCAUUUGUGUAUUCAGAUGAGUGUGAUUACCAUAAGGACACCAUUUACAACGACGCCCUGCAACGACAUCUUCAACAUCAACAGCUUCAACAACAGCAACAACAACAGCUUCAACAACAACAACAGCAACCAUCUCAACAUGAAAUGAUUGAAUUUUUCCCAGUGUUCAAGAAACAUGAUUUCGACGUCUACCAGUAUCCACCUCAACACAUUUACGACACACACAACCGUCCACCGACAUCUUCAUUGCCAUCAACAACAACAAUCAACACAACAUCAAUAUCGUUACUCCUAACAGCAACACCAACAUCAACUAAUCCUGAACAAUUGUUGCAUAUUAACAACAAAAAUGUCGGUGAUUUUUCAUGCCGCGCAAAUUAUCAGACGGCGGGCGCUCACAUUUUUCAACAACCACAACAAGAGACAACACAAAAAGUUGAUAACAAAACUACGACAUCCUUCCUCUACGCCACAACAACAACGUCACACAUUCCUACAAAUCUGAAUGAAGCCGCUACAGGGUCUAAAAACAAAAACCUCAUGUACUCACCACCAAUUCGUAAUCAGUCGAAAGCUUACCAGAACAACAACAACAACUUAACAACAGCCGCAAACCUGAAUGCAUCAAUUGAUGUCAUUUGCAACACGCAUUGCUGCUGCACGUGCCAGGACGGUGGUGUCUCAACAUUUGUUGGCAACGACAUCAACAUGAACGAGAACAGCAAAUGCACAUGUUUUGAACACUCCGACACAACUUUCAACGCGUUUGAAAACAAGUUUCUUCAGAGUUUUCAAAAGCUUAACAGCAACAACAGUAGCAGUAACAUAAACAGUAGCAGCAACAAACCAGACUUAACUCAAAUGAAUAAUUAA